AUGGCGGCAGCAGCAGCAGCGGCGGCCGCUUCUGGGCCCCGGGCGAAGGCGCCGGCGGCGGGGGCGGGGGCCGUGGCGGUGGAGGAGACGGAGGACGAGGAGACGGCGGCGGCCCUGGCUAUGAGUGCGGCGCGCGGGCGCCCCGAGCUCGAAGCGCAGUCGGAGGACUCGGGCGGGGGCGGCGACGGCGGCGACGGUGACGGCGACGAGGACGAGGAUGAGGAGGAAGACUUGGGCUGUUCCUCGGCUGAGGAGGACGAUGACGACGACGACGAGGAGAAGGAGAACGAGGCGGAGAUCCAGCGGCUGGAGGAGCAGCUUUCCAUCAAUGCCUUUGAUUACAAUUGCCAUGUGGACCUGAUAAAGUUGCUUCGGCAAGAAGGGGAACUUAUCAAGCUGAGACGAGCUCGACAGAAAAUGAGUGAACUUUUUCCUCUUACUGAAGAAAUUUGGCUGGAUUGGUUGAAGGAUGAGAUCAAGAUUGCAUCAGAUGGCUCAGACCGGGAGAAAGUAUAUGAACUCUUUGAACGAGCUGUAAAAGACUAUAUUUGUCCUGAAAUUUGGCUGGAGUAUGCUCAGUAUUCCAUUGGUGGGAUUGGUCAGGAAGGUGGUAUUGAGAAGGUUCGCUCCAUAUUUGAAAGAGCCCUUACUGCCGUGGGCUUACAUGUGACCAAAGGUGCAGCCAUGUGGGAGGCAUAUCGAGAAUUUGAAAAUGCGAUUCUGAAAACGACUCAGCCUGCUCCUGGCAGCGUCCCUACGCCUGAACAGCAGCAGGCCCUGGCUAUGCAGCUUGAGAGAAUCCACACGCUCUUCCGCCGCCAGCUGGGAAUCCCACUUCUAGACAUGGAAGCCACUUAUGCAGAGUAUGAGGAGUGGUCGGAUGACCCGAUACCUGAGGCCGUCACGCAGAGCUAUAAGAAGGCGUUACAGCAGAUGGAGAAGUGUAAACCCUACGAGGAGGCCCUGUUGGUAGCAGAGACACCAAAGCUAGCCGAGUAUCAAGCAUACAUUGAUUUUGAAUUGAAAGCUGGAGACCCUGCUCGCAUUCAACUUGUCUUUGAGCGUGCGCUGGCUGAGAACUGUCUUGUUCCAGAUCUGUGGGCCCGCUAUAAUCAGUAUCUGGACCGGCAAUUGAAAAUGAAGGAUCUGGUCUUAUCUGCACAUGAUCGUGCUGUUAGAAACUGCCCCUGGACAGUUGGACUGUGGAAUCGGUACCUCUUGGCCAUGGAAAGGCACGGAGUUGAUCAUCAGAUAGUUUCUGACAACUUUGAGAAAGCAUUGAAUGCUGGCUUUAUUCAGGCCACAGAUUAUGUGGAGAUUUGGCAGGCAUACCUUGAUUACCUGAGGAGAAGAGUGGAUUUUAAACAAGAUUCAAGUAAAGAGCUUGAGGAGCUGAGAGCUGCCUUUGCUCGGGCACUGGAGUACUUGAAGCAAGAAGUGGAGGAGCGUUUCAGUGAAAGUGGAGAUCCAUCCUGUACUAUAAUGCAGAAUUGGGCAAGAGUGGAGGCACGCCUUUGUAACAAUAUGCAGAAAGCUCGAGAACUGUGGGAUAGCAUUAUGACAAAAGGAAAUGCAAAAUAUGCCAACAUGUGGCUGGAAUACUACAACCUGGAAAGGGCCCACGGAGACACCCAGCACUGUCGGAAGGCUCUGCAUCGGGCCGUGCAGUGUACCAGCGACUACCCGGAGCACGUGUGUGAGGUGCUGCUCACGCUGGAGAGGAUCGAAGGUACUCUGGAAGAUUGGGAUUCAGCAGUUCAGAAAACUGAAAAUCGAUUAGCUCGAGUUAAUGAGCAGAGAGUCAAGGCCGCUGAGAAGGAGGCCGCUCUGGCCCAGCAAGAAGAAGAGAAGACCGAGCAGCGCAAGCGGGCUCGGGCCGAGAAGAGAGCCUUCAAGAAGAUGAAAAAAAGCAAGGCGGGGGACAAGCGGAAGGCGGAUGAAGACGAGGAUGACGAGUGGGGGGAUGAAGAAGAAGAGCAGCCCAGCAAGCGGCCGAGGGCUGGGAGCAGCCUGCCUCUGGCUGGAGAGGAGGAGUACUCGGGCAUGGAGAUGGGGCUCUUUGGGAGGAGCGCGUCGACAGAAGUCGAUCCCCCUUCCAAACAGAAGGAGAAAGCAGCUGCAAUCAAAAAGGAGAUGCCCAAAGUGUUUCACGACAGCAAUAAAGACAACAUCACGGUGUUUGUCAGCAACUUGCCCUACAGCCUGGGAGAACCGGAGGUGAAGCUCAGGCCCCUCUUUGAGGCCUGUGGGGAGGUCACGGAGAUUCGUCCCAUCUUCAGCAACCGGGGCGACUUCCGGGGUUACUGCUAUGUCGAGUUUAAGGAGGAGAAGGCAGCCCUGCAAGCUCUGGGCUUGGACCGAAAGACUGUGGAUGGAAGGCCGAUGUUUGUCUCGCCUUGUGUGGACAAGAACAAGAAUCCAGAUUUUAAGGUGUUCAGAUAUAGCACAGCCCUGGAAAAGCACAAGUUGUUUAUCUCUGGUUUGCCAUUCUCCUGCACAAAGGAAGAGCUAGAAGACAUCUGCAAAGUUCACGGAAGUGUGAGAGACCUCAGGCUGGUCACCAACCGUGCCGGGAAACCCAAGGGCCUUGCCUAUGUAGAAUAUGAGAAUGAGGCUCAGGCUUCUCAGGCUGUCUUGAAAAUGGAUGGAAUGACAAUUAAAGAAAACGUCAUUAAAGUGGCCAUCAGCAACCCUCCCCAAAGGAAGCUGCCGGACAGGCCUGAGGCAGGGAGAGCGGCUGGGGCCCUGGUGCCGCGGCAGGUGUAUGGCGCGCGGGGUAAGGGGAGGACCCAGCUCUCGCUGUUGCCUCGAGCAUUGCAGCGCCCCAAUAAUCCUGGCCCCAAGACUGAAAACGGGACGCUCCAGAGCCCACCUGGACCCUCUUCAACACCCCCGGAGGCGCCCAAGAUGUCGAAUGCCGAUUUUGCCAAGAUGCUCCUGAAAAAGUGAAUCGGACUUCAUGGGAAAUGUCAAAAUGCCUUUGAGGAAGCCAUUUUGUGUCCUUAUUUCUGCUGGCCAGGGGAAGCCCCCAUCAUCCUCUGUAAAUAACUACUUUGUCCUAUUAGGUCCCUCACAAUACAGGUUGGGGCCAUCCCAAGCCAGAGGGUUCUUUUGUUCUGACUGAGACAGAGAAGGCUGGUGUGGGUUUAAAUGGCUUUAAAUGAUCCCUCAUAUUGAGGGUGGGCAGCAUGAGGGAGUGUUCACUUUUUAGGCGGGCACAGGGUGGCGUGGAGCUGAAGCACCGAGCUUGCGGAGCUCCGCUCCUCAGGGCAGCUGCUCGGGCAGCUUUUUGCCAUUUACAACAUACUCAUUUCGCACUCGGCAGAGCAGACCUGCUCAUCAGCGUUCUUGGCAAGGAUAAAAUGGCAGAUGCUCGGAAUUCACCACAAUGGCCUAUUUUGGUAGGGGGAGGGGAAGGGAAGUUAGAGAAAAGUGGAUUGGGUUGAUGUUCUGUUCAAAGUGGUUUCUGUUUUUAUAUUGUGUAUUUGUAAAUGACAUGUCAAACCCUUAUUUUUAUGUUUCCUAAGGAUGGGAGACUGGAGCUAUUUGUUUUGUAUUCAGAAUUGUGUGUGCUGCCACCGUGGGUUAUGUCCACUUUGUUUGCCCAAGGAAUUGUACUCCCCCUUGUCGAGACCCUCACAGCUCCUUGGUUUUGUUUAUAUAUGAUGUCAGAUGCAAACUCACAUUCUCCAUUUAACUUCACUUAUUAAACUGAAGUUAUCUUUAAAAG